AUGCAGAAAAAUAUGAAAAAUUUAAGCCUCCCUGAUCUCCUCGAUCCAACAUCAAAAAGGAAGCGAACAAAACUUUCGUCCAGAAGAUCCCUCCCUAAAAUACCUCUUACCACCAAAAGAAGGUUUUCCAAGAACCAAGUGCUCAAUAUAGACUCAAGGACUAUGACACAGAGUGGAAUCAGGACUUCUGAGAUGUUCAGAACUUCAGGGCGAUGCCCAGUAUUCAUCGAAACUAAAACUCAAAGGACCUUAUGCACAAACUCUGUAGUAUCCUUUACUGAUACAACCGCAGCUUCCACAUUAAGGAAUAAUGUCCAGAAAACAGAGAGGAAGAAGUCUACUGAGAAGUAUGAAGAAAAUUUAUGGAAGAGUGACCAUCAAGAUUUCGCUGAUCAAGAAAUCUUUGUUGGAACUGAUGCCAUUCUUGAUUAUUACAAAUAGAUACAGAAAGGUUAGCCAAGACCCUGAUAAACACAAAGGAUCUCCCUCUGCUGAGCUAAUUAGGGAAGCGAAUAAACUAAAAAUAUCUCCUGCUCCUUUUGGCUUAAUAAAGAGAAAGGGCAAUGCCGAUGAGAUUAAUAUCCAACAUUACAACAUUGGCAAUAGCUUUGGCAAAGCUCUUGGCAAGACUAUUAAGCAUAUAAAGCCGAAAGCACUACUUUUAGGAAAUAAUAAAAAUGAUAUCGGAAUAACUUCAAUUAUCAAAAACCUUACUGAUAAUCUGGAGAAACUGGAUCUUUCAGAAAAUAGAAUAGGGCUUAAGUCAAUGAUUGAUUUUACUUGCUGGAUGAGAUCUAAGGCUGUAAUUUCCAAGCUGACUCUACGACACCUCAACCUCAGUGGAAACAAGCUUGGCGAUGACUCCCUGGGAGUUCUCUGUAAAGGCCUAAAACUCUCAAAGCCUGGUCUUAAAGAACUAAAUUUAAGUAGGAAUAAUAUGGGAGAUCUUCCAUGCUAUAAUCUCCAAAAAUUUAUCGAAUGAAAUUUUGAACUUGAAAUUCUUAAUCUUUCUUGGAACAGAAUAACUGCAAGAGGAGCUACACUAAUCUUCCAAGGGUUAAGAGAAGGGAGAUCUUGAAGAAAUGUCAACAUCUCCCAUAAUAUCUUAGGAAAGCAGCACUCAUUUGCUCUAAUUGAAGCUAUUCAAUGAGCGGCGAAUGAGGAUACCCUAAAACAUUUGGAUCUUAGCUUUAAUAGGAUCCCAAAAGCUUUAUGAGAGAAAUUAGGUCAACUAAUUAUGGACAACCAUACUUUAUUCGGCCUUCACCUUGAAGGAAACGAAUGAUAUGUGGACAAGUACGGAUUUAUCUGCGUCGAUGAUAAAUUGUCAGAAAUUGAACAUGAGAAAAAUCAUAUUGUUUAUCCAAGAAAUUUGAACGGUUUUUCUACUACUAUGAAAUUUUCAAAAGCAAAGAUGCAAAAGUAUCGGCCAACUUCAAAUUGAUGGGUCUGCGAGGGUUGGACAGAGCAGACCUUUGUUUUUAAGAAUAGAGUUUCAUAUCCAGAUGUGGUUGCUCCAGUACACAUUCAUUUCGAGUAUAACUUCUUCAAACCUGAAUUUAUGAGGCCUGAUAAUGAAGGAAAUUAUAUCUAUACCACAAUGUGACCACCUGGUAAAAUUAAGUACUUUUUUACAAUUGAUAAGUAUGCUGUUUUCGCAAGAGACCAUCCUCACACAGGAAAGCAGAAGGUGACAGAGAUCAAUAACAUCCAGAUGUAUGAUGAAGUUAAGAGCUAUCAGCUUCCUUUCUUUAAUUUCAGGUUUUGAGAUCAGGGAGAAGUACUCAAUGAUUGAUACAUGUCAUUGCUUAAAUAUUGAUAUCCCAGACCAAGACUCAUUAAAUACAAGAAAAAAGUUCAACACAGGACAAUAGAAAUGUGGGAUGUUGAUACCUCCAUGUUCUGAGACUUUGUCCCAGACUCGCAGGAUUUACUAGACAAGCUCUUUGAAUAUGAUUGGGAGAUGGUACAAAAGCCAUAUGUUAAAUCUGAGGAAGAGCUACUAUCUAUUAAAAGUGAAUUAAAAAAGUGGUACUGGACGAUCAGAGAUGCCUUUAAAUAUUAUUCAUCUAUCUCUUCAUCGAAUGGAAGUGCAACAUUCGCUUUGACGCUUAAUUCAUUUACUGAUUUCCUUAAGAACAGUGGAGUGUUUAGAAAGGAUACAGUUUCGUUUGCUGAAACAGAUACCUUGUUUUAUUCUCUCACGAAGAGAGACAAACCUACAGCGUUAAACCCAGGGAAUUCGAUUAUUCGCUACCAAUUCCUUGAAAUUGUCAUAAAAAUUGGGCUGAAAUAUAGUAAAAAGAAGAAUCCAGGAGAUGCUAUUAGAGAAUUCUGUGAUGAAGUUAUUCGAAAAUCUCUCCCUCAAGGAAAAGCAGAAGAUUUUAGAAGAAAAAGAUACUGGAAUGUUGAAUGAGACAACGUCUUUAGACACCAUCUGAGCCUUUUUAAGGAAGUCUAUGCUAAUUAUUCUGGGGGUCUGACUAAGCCAGGAGAAGAUAAGUUCAUGUCGCCAGCAGAAUUUGAGAGGAUUUUCUCAAAUGCAGGUUUGAUCAACUCAAAUUUUGCUACGAGAGACUGAUAUGUAUCAUUUAACUUAGCUAUUCAGUCAAAAAUAAACGAACAUACUUCUGCUUCUCACCUUCGGAUGACCUUUGUUGAAUUCUUAGAAGGAAUUGCUAGGGCUGCUGAAGCUCUCAGUCUCGGUCCUCCCUCGGAUAAUAUUCGAGAAGCUUAUAAGCAGUUUCUCAAUAAUGAGGAAAAGAAAAGCCCCUCCAAACUAAAGGCUAAAGAAGUUGAUCUAUAUCUAGAAGGAGAGGGAGAAGAUGGCUUUUUGAAAGAUGGAGAAGCAGCUUUCCUAUCCAAUGAUGAGCAUAUAAAUCAACCUCUAUACAAGAAAAUUGAUCACUUGGUUCCCUUUCUUUUGGCUUAUUGAACUUCCUUAAGUUUUAAAAGAAAAUGGAAAUGGCCUCGUAAAAACCCAUAUACAGGUCUUUACACAGAUGUAAAAGAUUCUCGAGUAAAGGAACUAAAAUCAAUAAUGGUUCAAGGAAUCAACAAGUUGAUUAUCUCCAGAUUUAACUUAAAAGAAAUAAUCAAAAAGAAGGGCCUUAGCACCAAACUGAGAGGCAUGUAAGACUCAUAGUCAUUACAGUUUUCCUUUCUCUCAUUAAUACUAAAAUUUGAGUUAUUCAAUUA